UAUACGGACGCCAUCUUGUAGGAACCACGCACUUCUCCUUGUUCGACCGCGUUCCCUUUCAAUCCUUUCCAUGUAUGCUUUCGACAUCAACUGGAAAAGACGAAAGGAAAUGCGUCUUCCUUAGAUCUGCCAAAAUGAGUGUUCUGCGGGUACUCGUUCUUGCCGCAUUUCUUCGGUUAGGUCGUGUGUUGUGUUCAUGUAGCUGCGAAAGCAUGUCAGCGAGGAUGUCGCACAUCCAAGGACAAGUGGACAGCUUGAGACAACUGGUCAAUGUUCUCAACAUGAAGGUAGGAGACAUGGUUAAGAAGGACCACGAAAGUACUAUGGCUGAGCUUAGGGGUUGGGGCCAGCACAUGCCUAACACGAUUCCCGUAAUGGAUGUCAGCGUCAAGAAAGAAAUACAGAAACUAGACAAAAGAGUCACGGACGGUAAGGAGAGGCUAGACUUACUCGAAAACUAUAUGCUGGUGUUGAGGAAUGAUAAUGUGAAUUUUUCGAAUGGAAUCAGAAAAGAGAUGAACGAGACAUUGAUGACAACAGUGAAAGAACUCAGAGAGGAGAUAAUAAACGGUGUGAUAAGUCCUAAGUUGAAACUGAUAGAAGAGCUAUCACGCAUACCUGACCGCUUGGAGAAGAUGGAGAAAUGGAUGAAGGUUGACGGGGCAGUUCUCCAGCUUCUAGAACCGUCAGAUGUUGUGGAAGGUACCACGGAAAGUGUACUCGAAAUUUAUUUUGUGGACACUUCAAAUUCGAGCGGUGGGAAUUUCUCCGUGAACGUCACUGGAGACGGACAUAUUGUGUGUGCUUCUGGUACUAGACUGAGUGCUACUGAAGAUGAGUGCCUACCUGCUGCAGCGAAUGAUACCGAAUCCUUUGGGGACACUACGGACAUGGAGAAGACAUUAGAUCAGAAGGAGAUUGAUGCAUCUUUGAGACAGGCGCUGAAUUCAAGCGGUGAAAAUUUACCUCUGAACGUUACUGAGGACGGUGGACGUGUCGCGUGUGCCUCAAAUGCGAGUCGGAGUGCUCCUGGUGAAUGCUUAACUGCUGCAGCGAAUGAGACUGAGUCCGUUGGCAACGCUACGGACAUGGUAGGGACGUCGGAACAGGAGAAAAUACACGUAUCAUUGGGACAGGUGCUGAAUGCGCUUAUGGCGAAAAUUGAUGGCAUUGAAAAAAGAGUUGUGGCCGUGAGUGCUCUGGAAAACGAGCUCGCUGUCUUGAGUGAGAAGAUGAAUGUUGUGGAACGAAAUGUCUCAGAGUUAAACUUUCAAGAUCGUCGACUGAAUUCAGAAGCAUCCACUGAACAGACUCUGCCCCUGGCUGUCCAAUUGAGUGAGCUGGAACCCGGAGCUUGUGUUUCGAUUUCAAAUUUCAAUAGUACGGUGACAGAUCUAGAACUACAUGUGCAGAACCUUACUGAUCGUGUUGAGCACGUCGAAGAGCUACGGCGAAAUGAAGAAAAUGUGUUUGAAAUGCUGAUGCUCCAGAGAAAUCGUACUCACAAAGCCCUUGCUGAAGCCUUUUCUCGAUUGUAUACAAUUGAGUCAACGGCCUUGGAUUUUGAAGACUUCAAGAAUGCUACCAACGAUAUGAUGCACAAUUUAACAGAUAUUACUGGGGUUUUAUUAGCACGUGUCCUUGAAUUUAAGAAAUCAGCAGAAAUUGCUCAUGAGAACAUGACAGCUAGCAUACAACAGCUGAGUGAUAACUUCGAGCGUGACGUGUCGCUGCUGAAUAUGUCCAUUGCUGAGAACGUACGUGUGUUGAGUCAGUCUGUCAUGAAAGACGUCGUAAACAUGAAUCGAACCUUACAGAAGCGUUCCAUCGAACUCUCUGCAGAUGUUGGAGAAAGGAUUCGCCAACUGAAUACAACUCUUGAAGAUGAAGUACUGCUUCUGAACGCGUCCAUGAUGAACAGCGUGGUGCUGCUAAACGAUUCGUUAAAGAACGACGUGGAAUUAUUAAACGAUUCGCUGAUGAACGAACUCGAAAUGCUGAAUAACACCAUGGUCGAGCGUGUUGUCACCUUGUCGAAACACGUCGAGAUGCUGAACGAGACGCUCAGAGAUGAGUUAGACGUCGUCAAUGUCUCUUUAGCUGAUGGCAUGGAACAGUUGAAGACGACAGUCAUGAAUAUGGGGAAUGGUCAUCAUGCUGUCCAGGGUUGGCAUCCAAACGACAGUCUUCCUUGUCCUGGACUGCUUUUCUUGGGCCGAAGCAAAAACCUCGUCUUGACAACAGAAAACGGCACUUUCCGGUCACCAAAUCUACCGGAAGACCCAAUUCCAGCAGAGCGUCGUGUGGUCUUCCGUUGUGAGCACCCAGGGCUCUUCCAGCUCAAAGGGGAGCAGGUCCUCAAGUGCUUUUCGGGCCGGUGGAGUUCUAGGCCUCCCACCUGUGAGCCUCUUCCCACGAUGGAAGAGUUACGGUCUAAGAAGGUCCUCAGCAACCUCCCAUCGAUCACGUAUAACGCUUCAGAGCGGACGGGUCUUGUCAUAAACAAGUACGGGGUCCUCGUGGUUACUCCAGGGGUAGACUUCGAGUUGACCUGUCUCUAUCCGAAAAGUCAGGGCUUUGUCACAUGGAAGCACAACGACACUGUCAUCAAGCCUCCUGCUGCGGCUUGGGCCAGUGGCGCUGACUCUGAUUACGCCUUCAUGCUGAAGGUCGCCGAAGUCCAGGAGUCGAACUCUGGAACUUACACGUGCGUGAGCCCAAGCGGACAAAGCCAUAGCGUGGAAGUCCAGGUAGAAGGUGUGCAAUGUGAUCGUCUGGAGGCACCAGGCAACGGAAGCAUUGAGAUCACCAAAGGUUCUACCACGCUGGGAUCCCGAAUAGAGUUUCAUUGCCAUCUUGGAUUCAGGUUGGCGGGCGACCGAGAGGUCACUUGCGUGUCGCCCGGUGUCUGGUCUGCGAAUGUUCCUGUCUGUGAAGCAAUAAAUGACUACGUUCCGCCGCGCACUGCCUGCACCCCGCCGAAGUUGACCAGGGUGAACCUGGGAAUCGUCCCUGUUCAAACCUUUUAUGCAGACAAGGCCAAAGUAUCUUUUGUCUGUAAUGAUGGCAGACGACCCGUCGGAAAGGCAACUUCUACGUGCAUGAAGGGACGAUGGAUGGGCACAGAACCCAUGUGCGACUGAUCAACUUUGGGACGUGGACGUUGCGAAUCAUGCAUAUAGUGUGGCACAUUCUGGUAUCCUCAGUGUUGUCUCGUUUAUUCUUGUGAGUUGCAGGAGUAGAUGAACGUGUCUUCAGUUAUGGACCAACAGUUAUGGACCAACUGCCGCAGGGAAAGCUACAGUGCACUUGGGGACACUUUUGCUUUCCCCACUUCAGGAUCGUUAUACAAGGAAGCCAAGGGGACAAAGUGAGCUGGGCCCCAAAGCGCUUGGGUACCCUAUUUUAAAACUCCAUAAUGUACUAAGAAUAGCGUAAGGAUGGUGUCGACGUUGGGGAAUCGUCGUCUUCGUCCUCAGGUAGGAUGAGCCGGUGCGAACUUGUCUUUUAUUGUAACCCUCGUGUAUUGGUAGCUGGAAGUGUGAAAGUUUUAAGGCAAUAAAGGAAUACAUCAGGUGUA